AUGGACCCCGAAUUGAAGAGGGACCUCGAGGAACUAAAAAAGUCCCUUCAUUCCAACAAUCUUUCUAGCAGAAACAGAGUACUUUCUAUAGUAAAAGAUAGUAACUAUGUUAACAACGUGAAAGAAAAAUACUAUCCAGAGAUACCUAUUAUUCCCAACGAUAGAUGUGGGAGAUGGUAUGUCGAUCCAAAGUACUAUGAGCAGGAGUUAACUCCUUCAUAUUUCAAAUCGACGGACGGUCACACGAACAACUGGUCAUUUUCUACAAGGCGACUGAAUUUGCAUUUGCUUUCGCAAGUCAGGGAGAGAAAUGGCAUAAUCAUAGUCGAUUCUACAAGAAGGGGUAAAAAAAUUCCAGAUUCUUUUAGUAAAACCGUUCCCAUAUGGAUUUCCAUCAUCAAUAAGUUUUUAUUUCCGAAUGUAUCGUUUGAUGAUUUAUUAUUCACACCUGAAGAAACUGUCUCGGAGUAUGAACAUUCUAGGAUAUUACGUUUGCUGCCCGACUUUUACCAGAGUUUCGUGAAAUUUCAAGAUCUAAUUAAAGGUAGGAUACUUGCAAAUGUGGAGGUGUCGGAGAAGAGAAAAAUGCUAAAACCAUUCUGGAUAUAUCCCGGAUGUAAAGAAUAUCCCAUAUUCGACGGCUGCGAAGAAUACUUGCCAAUCAUUUUACUUUCUGCAAGUGAGCAAUCACAGGACGGAGAAAAUAAAAUGUACGGGUACACAUAUGUUCAAGGAGCUGGGGAUGAUCAUGAAUUAUGGUCCCGGGGCCUAAACCCUCAAAUAUUUUGGUCAAAGUACCAGGAAAUGACUGAAUUCAUCCAUAUAGAUGAUCAUCAAGCUGAUGAAAUUAUUGAUAAAUUUGUUUCCGCGAGCAAGCAAAAUCAAAAUGUGCCACCUACAGGGACGUCAAGUGAAUUCUGGAGGUCAGAAGACAUUACUAAAGUCACAGAGUUACUAUAUUUCGGGAAAAUAGACGAAAACUUAUCAUUUAAAGAAAGCGAGAUUGAUAAUAAGUUCAGUUUCGAUAAAGUGGUCGUUUUGGAUACAUCAUUCAAACAUCAAGCAGAUCAUGAGAAACAGCAAAAGGUGUUUGCUUUUGGUCUUGACUCAGGGUCUAAAAAGUCUUCCAAACAGCUGAGGGGCGUUUUGCCCAGCAUAAUGGAGGUUCUGAAAAGCAGAAGUGAUCCUUGUAAAACCCUUAUUGUCUGUAAUAGUGGGGAAGAUUUAUCUGUUGCAAUUGUGAUUUGCUACUUGAAUCAUCUCAGCGGGAUGGAUAAAAGAACGAUAACCAAGGAGACGAUUCGACGAGAUCUCAUCAGACUCUUGGAACUAAGAAAAGUCAAUCCACAGCGUGCAACGCUUAAUGCAGUGAAUUCAUAUUUAAUGUCUUGA